AUCCUCUUAUUUUUCUUUAAGUCAAUAACCAGAGACGCCCUAUCUAUCUUCUUCUCUACGAUUGUUCAUUCACCAUCGUCCCGCGCCGUUGUCUUUAGGCCAUUGCCAUUUCCGCGCUCGACAACAACGCCGUCGCCAUCCCUAGUGUCAAGGCUAGUGUGCUAUGAUCAAACCCUAGGUCUCAAUCAGACAAGUCUUCAUGGACGGCUCACGCUUCUGAGCGCAAAGGUCGAGUAGCGAGAUGAGGAACUUGAGGUUCCGAUCCAUUGGAUGGUCGGAACCAUCUAAAGCCUUGCUUAGAGAGGAAGAGGAAUUUUGAUGACAAAGGAGGAUUUAAUCAAGAAUUUGGGAACCAUUGCCAAAUCUGGCACUUCAGCAAUAUUUGUUGAGAAAAUGCAGAAAAGUGGAGACCUUAACCUUAUCGGACCAUUUGGUGUUGGGUUCUACUCUGUCUAUCUCGUGGCUGACUAUGUAGAAGUUAUUAGCAAACACAAUGAUGAUAAACAAUAUGUUUGGGAAUUAAAGGCUGAUGGAGCCCUUGCAAUUUCAUAGGAUGAGUGGAAUGAGCCACUUGGCCGUGGAACUGAAAUCAGAUUGCACCUUAGGGAUGAAGCUGGUGAAUACUUGGAACAGUCUAAAUUAAAGGUCGAAAAAUAUUCUUCAUGGUAAAACAUUCAUGGUUCUUCAGAAAAUAGUGGCAUUAUCUGGUAAAAGCUCAAGUACUGUCCGGUUUUCAGAACUCAAGAAACAGUGAUAUUAUUUGCCUCUGAUGAUCGGCAUUGGAUUACUUUCUCUCCAUCAACUAUGCGGAAUCAACAGCGUUUUAUUCUAUUCUAGUAAGAUCUUCGAAUCUGCUGUAAAGCCGCAACUUUUGGAAUUGGGGCUAUUCAGUGACGAUGAAGCAGAGAUGAAGAAAUGUGCUCUUCAUCUAUUAGUUUUAUCACAUUCCUGUUACUAGGAAUUGUUUCAGCACCAUGUACAAGCUAGGGAAGGGUAUGUUGGCACCCCCUGCUGGUGUUUGAGUCUUGCUGGAUCACCGUCGCCCGCGAGUUUCUUUGCCCGCUCGUUUCUCGAAACCUGAAUCGCAGGUUAGAUUUCAUCUGGGUUCUAGUUCCUAACAAGAAAACCUUUUCUCUUUCUUUAUUUGUGUAGAUAUUAGCCGUUAGUUUUCAGUUGUGGUUUUAAUAGUUCGAAUUCUUCAAUAAAAAUUUCAAUUUUUUGGUUUAAAACAUGUUCUUGUGUAUGCCAGUUUGUCAAAUUCAGCAUGUGAGUGGUUCUAACCCUAAGGUGAAACAUAUGCAUGAUAAUUGUGGAUGAAACCGAGAAGUUCAUUUCAAAAGUCUGAUUAUCCAAAGGUGUUUGAUAAUUUCUCUCAAAGAAUAUUUGGCUAAGCUUAAUUGAUUUGGAGUGCACUUCUAUUUGUUUAAUUCCGAACCAAAUUGUUAUUCUG